UACAAACAAAAUCACAAAUUCACAAUUUUGUUUCAUUGGGAGAGUCGCAGAAGUCAGAACAGAACCCGCUCACAAAACACCUCGUCGCACUCUCUCCCUUACCCUUCUUCCCCUUCAGUGAAGAGAAUGCCACAGGAUUCAUCGUCCGAGCAUGACCCAGAUGAUUCUGAUGACGAGAUCGUUGAGGUUGAUCCCACUCUUCGUUACAGUCGGUAUAUAGAGGUUCUAGGAAGAGGGGCAUUCAAAAUAGUAUAUAGAGCUUUUGAUGAAUUGGAAGGAAUAGAAGUAGCUUGGAAUCAGGUUAAAGUCGCUGAUCUAUUACGUAAUUCUGUAGAUUUGGAGCGUCUCUAUUCUGAAGUUCAUUUGCUAAAGACUUUGAAGCACAAAAACAUUAUCAAAUUUUACAAUUCGUGGGUGGAUGCAAACCAUGAGAAUAUCAACUUUAUCACUGAGAUCUUUACUUCUGGAACAUUGCGCCAGUAUCGAAAAAAGCAUAAGCAUGUUGAUCUGAGGGCAUUGAAGAAAUGGUCAAGGCAGAUCUUAGAAGGUCUCUUGUAUCUUCACAGUCAUGACCCACCUGUGAUUCAUAGAGAUCUAAAAUGUGAUAAUAUCUUUAUAAAUGGCAACCAAGGUGAGGUAAAGAUUGGUGACCUAGGCCUUGCUGCUAUUCUUCACAAGGCUCAUUCAGCUCAUAGUGUUAUUGGUACACCGGAGUUUAUGGCACCAGAGCUUUAUGAGGAGGAAUAUAACGAGCUUGUAGAUAUUUAUGCCUUUGGCAUGUGCUUGCUGGAGUUGGUGACCUUUGAGUAUCCAUAUGUUGAAUGUUCCAACGCUGCACAAAUAUUCAAGAAAGUGACAUCAGGGAUAAAACCUGCAUCAUUGGCAAAAGUGACUGAUCCUGCAGUCAAAGCAUUCAUAGAAAAAUGUAUUGCUCCUGUGUCUAAACGCCUGUCUGCAAGAGAACUUUUAAGUGAUCCAUUUAUCCAAUCGGAUGAGGAAAAUGAAAGUAUGAGCCAUAUUUUACAACGAAACAGCCAUCCUUCAGAUAAUAUUUGCAAUCUUAUUGAUAUUGGGAAACCUAAUAGGGAUUUUUCAGCUGAGGCAAGUGUAGACUUCACAGUACAAGGUCAGAUGAGAGAUCUUAACACUGUGUUUCUGAAACUACGAAUGGCAGAUUCCUCAGGUCAUGUUCGCAAUAUCCACUUCCCAUUUGAUAUUGAGGCAGAUACAGCAACUGCUGUUGCCAGUGAAAUGGUUGAAGAGCUGGACCUGACGGACCAAGAUGUAUCAACAAUUGCUGAGAUGAUUGAAUCAGAAAUCCGGUCCCAUAUUUCCAAUUGGACUCCAAGAGAAACUUCUAGAGAUAAUCUUGGUGAAGUUGCAAAUUCUGAUAAGGUUCAUGCGUCUCCUUCAACUAGUGAGCUAGCCUCAUCUCCAGGAAGUCUUCAACUUGAAAGAUUGCCAUCAGGUAAAAAAUACUGGUCUGAUUCACCUAAGGAGGCUGGUGGAAAUUCUCCAGGCAGGCCUGGCCCGUCCGACUUAUCAUCCCAGGUGGAUUCCAUGAGAAGUACAAGUUGCUUGGCUGAACACAGUGAAAUUUCCAAUAGCUAUAAAGAUGGAGCUAAGCUCAAUGAUACUACUUCAGGAGAAAAAUUUGAGACUGAAGUUACAUGUCACAAUGUUAGAGAUGAUUGUAGCAAGCAGAAAUAUGAAAAUGGACUUGCUGAUGUACAUUUACGUAUUCAACACAGAUCAGUUAUGGAUCUGCACAAUGGCCGUGGAGGUGUGUCAGGAGAGAACCAUCUGGUAUUUAUGGAGAAUGAAUCUGAAAUCAAGAUAUUAGCAGAGAAACUUAACUCUUUGCUGGUAAAUCAGCAAGUGGAGUUGGAUGAGCUAAAGAGAAAGCAUAAAUUAGCUAUAGCAGAAUUUUUUAGUGAACUUUCUCCAGAGUUGUGUGCAAAGGUUUUAAAUAUGUCUCAGGUGAAGAUUGCUAAUUAUGAUGUGCCCAAGAAGAAUUGCAGCUAAACCGUGUAAUUCCACAUGUCUAAGCUCUUGUAUGGAAUCUGAGUAAUUCCCUGCUUCUUUCUCCAACUUAGUUAUUUGCUUGUAGCUUGCUACAGGCCAAAGUCGAUAAUUCAAAUAAGCAUGUAUACAACAA